AUGUUUACCAUAUUUUUACUAUUUAUAAUGACUACUCGAAAACAAACGCCGAGUGAAUUUUUAAAACAAAUUAUCGGUCGUCCAGUAGUGGUCAAAUUGAAUAGUGGUGUUGAUUAUCGAGGUGUAUUAGCUUGUUUAGAUGGAUAUAUGAAUAUUGUUUUAGAACAAACUGAAGAAUACGUGAGUGGAGAAUUAAAAAAUAAAUAUGGUGACGCAUUUAUACGUGGUAAUAAUGUGCUCUAUAUAAGUACUCAACGAAAGAAAAUUUAG